AUGGCUGAUAUGGAUUCAACUUUUGAUCAACCCCACCAAUCUACUGCUCCUACUGCCUCCACCACUCAACAUCAACCCUCCAUCCACCACUCCACUGCUGUCACCAACCGUCUUCAGACCACCCUGGAGAAUCCAAGUAUUAAAGGUGAGAUAGUAAGCAAUGGAAGCAGAGGAAUAGUGAGAGAAGGAAUUGAAGAAGGAGAAGCUUCAUCUUCAUCACUGAAAGGAACUAAGAGGAAGGCGAAGCAGCAGCAGCAGCAGCAAGAAGCCAAACAAGACGCACCGGAAGCAGACAAGACCAAGCCAAAACCUCGAGCUAAACGAGCCAAGACCUCUAAGCCUCAAUCCGAACCUGAGUACUUCGAAGAUAAGCGCAACUUGGAAGAUUUGUGGAAGGAAACAUUCCCCGUUGGAACUGAGUGGGACCAAUUGGAUUCCGUGUAUCAAUUCAAAUGGGAUUUUUCGAAUCUAGAAAAUGCGUUUGAAGAGGGUGGUUUGUUGUUUGACAAGAAAGUUUACCUCUUUGGUUGUACUGAGCCUCAACUGGUCAUGUUUAAAGGGGAAAGCAAAGUUGUCUGCAUACCUGUUGUAGUAGCUGUUGUAUCACCUUUUCCACCAUCUGAUAAAAUUGGGAUAAACUCAGUUCAGAGGGAGGCUGAAGAGAUAAUUCCCAUGAAGCAAAUGAAAAUGGACUGGGUUCCAUAUAUUCCUUUGGAGGACCGAGAUAGCCAAGUUGAUAGACUAAAAUCUCAAAUAUUUAUCUUGAGCUGCAACCAAAGAAGGUCUGCUUUGAAACACCUGAAGUUGGAUAGAUUAAAGAAAUAUGAAUACUGCUUGCCUUAUUUCUAUCAGCCAUUUAAGGAAGAUGAACUUGAACAGAGCACUGAAGUUCCAAUAAUAUUUCCAGCUGAGCCAAAGCCGGUCUUCUGUGAAUUUGAUUGGGAGUUAGAUGAACUUGAGGAGUUUACAGAUAAACUCAUAGAGGAGGAGGAGUUAUCAGAAGAUCAGAAGGAUGCAUUCAAGGAAUUUGUCAAAGAAAAGGUUCGUGAAGCAAAGAAAGCUAAUAGAGAGGCAAGGGAGGCUCGGAAAAAAGCCAUUGAAGAAAUGAGCGAGGAAACUAAAUCUGCAUUUGAGACUAUGAGAUUUUACAAGUUCUACCCUGUUCAAUCUCCUGAUGCACCAGAUGUAUCAAACGUUAAGUCGCCAUUCAUUAACAGGUAUUAUGGAAAGGCUCAUGAGGAGGCAACCCCCGGUGCCCCAUCAAAAUUUCUUUGCCGGUGUAGUUUUCUAAAGCGACAUACAAUGUAA